AUGGGCACCGAGCUGCCACCUGUGGACCUGGGCAGUGGCGUGGUUGUGCUUCAGGUAUCCGCUGGUUCUUUACAUACCUGUGCACUGCUGAAGGGCGGUGCCAUCAAAUGCUUCGGAAUAGGAUCGCGGUUGGGCUUGGGAGACGCGUGCGGGCCUCAGAGCAGUGGCUUCCUCCGCCUUCGAGAGCCCAGUACUACUCGUGGCGACGACCCAAACGAGAUGGGCGCGGCACUCCCGACCGUCGACCUGGGCACUGACUUUGAAGCCUUGCAAGUAGUUGUCGGAGCUCAUCACGCGUGUGCCCUAUCGAGCCAAGGCCGAAUCAAAUGCUGGGGCCUGUCUUGGUACCUAGGACUCGGCCUCCCAGGUUCAAACUAUGUCGGCUCGGAGGCCCAACAGAUGGGCGAGCAUUUGCCAUACGUGGACUUGGGGCCCCUUCCCGCACGGCAGAUUACUGCCGGUUGGUUGCAUACCUGCGCUGUACUGGCUGAUGGUUCCACGCGCUGCUGGGGGCUGAACGACCGCGGUCAACUCGGGCACGCAAGUACAGAAGACGCGGGCGAAGCCCCAGGAGAAAUGGGCGCCGCUCUGCCAGUGACCGAGCUGGGCGAUGGCGUGGUGGUGCAGCAGAUUGCGGCGGGCAACCAUCACACAUGCGCCAUCCUUCAGGAUGCGUCCCUGAAGUGCUGGGGCUGGGGACAGCACGGCCAGCCGGGGCCUUGGACAGCUCAGAGGGCCCUUCUUUGA